AUGGCAGAACGCAACGACCCCACCGAUCUCGGACUCGCAGACUCCAUCGACAACGCUGCCCUCUUCGACAAGAAGGAGCACCACAAUGCAACUACCCCCGCUGACGGACCUCUCUUCCAAGACAUUGACGGCGACCAGCAAGUCACCGAGAUUGAAUCCCUCUGCAUGAACUGCCACGAGAACGGCACUACUCGCCUGCUGUUGACCCGUGUGCCACACUUUCGUGAGGUCAUCUUGAUGGCUUUUGACUGCCCCCACUGCGGACACCGCACGAGCGAACUCCAGCAGGCCAACGCCAUCGCCAUUGGAGGCGCCAUCUACACCUGCCAGAUCUCCAACAAGGCCGAUCUCAACCGUCAGAUCGUCAAGACCGAUACCGCCACUGUCAAGAUCCCCGAGGUUGACUUUGAGAUCCCUGCGCAGCGCGGACAGUUGACCACCAUCGAGGGUCUCUUGUCCAAUGUCGUUGAUGACCUUGAGAGUGACCAGCCUGUCCGUAAGCACUUGGAUGAGGCCUUAUACCUUCAGAUCAAACACAUUAUCGAAAAGCUUCAGGACUGCAUUGACGGCAAGACCCCUUUCACAGUAGUCUUGGACGACCCCGCAGGAAACUCUUAUAUCGAAUCAUUGGACGCCCCCAACCUGGACGCCAAACUGGAUCUCUCUGUCUAUAUGCGCACUCGCGCCCAAGAGCGCGAUAUGGGUCUCUCUGUUCCCGAGGAGGAGGAAGGAGAGGUCGCUGAGGAGGUUGUUACCGUCCCCAUGCCCAAGGAUCAGCAGGCUGAGCACGCGAAGCAGCAGCACUGGGAGGCUGGCUUGACCGCUGCCGAUAAGACCGUCGCCACUGAGGAGAAGAACGAAGAGACCAAGGAUCAGGAGGACAAGAAAGCCGAGUCUGACUCUGAAUCUGACGAGGAGGACGAUGGCGUUCUCCCUGAUGUGUUGUCGUUCCCCGCCAACUGCUCCUCCUGCAACGCUCCCAGUGAUACUAAGAUGCAUAUUCUGGACAUUCCCCACUUCAAAGAGGUGAUCAUUAUGUCGACCACAUGCGACGAGUGCGGAUACAAGAGUAACGAGGUCAAGGCUGGAGGACCUGUCAGCGAGUUUGGAAAGCGCAUCAUCCUCAAGAUCGAGGAUACCGAAGACAUGAGCCGCGACAUCCUUAAGUCGGAGACGUGUGGAUUGUCGAUCCCCGAGAUUGAUUUGGAGCUGAACUCUGGAACAUUGGGCGGACGAUUCACAACCGUGGAGGGAUUGUUGCGCCAAGUGCAUGACGAGCUCUCGAGCAAGGUGCCCGGCGAAUCGGAGAACGAGCCCGAGCGUCGCCGUGUGUUUACAAAGUUCUUGGACAAGCUGGAGCAGGUCAUGUCGCUCCAGAUCAAGUCCACGUUGAUCUUGGACGACCCUCUCGGCAACUCUUACCUCCAGAGCUUGUAUGCCCCUGAGCCCGAUCCCGCUAUGACCAUUGAGGAGUACCACCGCACGUUUGAGCAGAACGAGGGUCUGGGAUUGAACGAUAUGCGUUUGGAGAACUAUGAGGGUAUUGUGGAUGAGGAGCGCCAUGCUGAUCAUUCUGAGGCUGAGAAGGAGCAUGAAGAGUUGACGGAGGAGCAGAAGGAGGCUGAGGAAAUCUCGGGAGAUGGUGUCUCUGGCGGCCAUUAA